AUGUUAAAUGGUGGCACUGGUGUUCGUGUAUUCUCCUCUCUUCUGUUUCUCAUACGUAUUGACUAUCGAGACCGUCCAUCAAUUACUACAAUUUUAAAGAAACCUUUCUUACAGAAGAGAAUAGAACAAUUUCUAUCGGAUGCACAAAUCUCUGAUGAAUUCAGUCACACAGUUUUACAUCGAAAUCGUCCUGCCUUAGCUGCUAGACCACCAGUACAAGCAGUUGCCAGGAAACCACCAUCCAAUCAACUUCGCAUCAGUGACCCAGCUGCCAAAUAUGGAGUUCCUCUUGCUAGAAGACCAGUACCUGCUGCUGCCAAAAGACAACCAAUCAGACGCUCGGGUGAUAAUAGACCUAAGAAACCACCCUCUGUACCAAAUGACAGCAAAGAGCUGGAACGAAAGAAAAAAGAACUAAUCGAAAAGGAAAAUGCAAGACAAGAAAAAGACAGACAAAUAAGACAGCAUCAUAUUCAAUUAUUAGAAAAACAAAGAAAAGCACGGAUAGACAAAGCUAAAGAAGAAGGAGGUUGGCGCAAUCUGUUGGAUUCUGGAAGUUCAGGAGGAUCUGGUGGUGGUGGUGGUGGUGGUGGGUCUGGAUCAUCAGCUGGCAAUAAUAACAGGAAUGGAGCAGCUCCAAGACUAGAUGCAAGACCAGAUCAGGUGAAGUAUAAAUUUGUAAUAUUCAGACAAGCAGUAGCAGUGAUUAUUCUUGUCAAACGAUCUAUUUAUUUAUUUGUGUUACAUUUAAGUCUGUACAUUAUGGCCUAUGGCCAAUGGUACUGA